AUGAAUAAUACACAGUCAACAAGUGGUCAUAAACCAAAAACCAAAUUACACAUUUCUUCAAGUGAUACACCACAAACAGUAUCAGGUUCUCCAGCAGGAAGAGGAUUUUCAAGAGCUUCAUCAGCUGAUUCUGUUUUCGAUGAUAUCUCAUCGAAAGCGCAUGCUUUAUUUUCUAUUCUUGAUGAAGAAAACAAAGGCUAUCUCGAUAAUCAGUAUCAUGAUGGAGAUGGGAAAGUUAGUGCAGAUGAUUUCAUGCUUGGAUUACGUACAUUGGCGAAACGGAAUAGUCUGAUUCGGGCUUCAUUAAGAGCCACCACAGUAACAAAUUCUUCGCGUUAUUUGAUUAAACGCUGUUCAGAUUCCUCUGAUUCACCUAGAAGUCGUCUGGGAUCAGAUGAAACUGGUUCAGAUGUUGACGACAAAUUAUACAAUAAACAUCAUACAAAAAUAAACUGUAACACUAUUCAGUCCGUAAGAAUCAGAACUAAGAGUAGACAAAGACUUCAUCAGAGAAUUCUGACAUUAUCAUGUCAGCAAACAACUUCCAAAUUAACUAGUCAACCUUCUACUUCCUUGCCCGAUAUAAGUUCCGUUGAUGAAUGCUUAAAAUGCUUGAACUGUCAAAAUCAUCUUUAUGAACUAUACCACAUACUGUUAUCAGAAAAUCCAAGUUUAUCUAGAAUGUAUGAAACUGUACUAGUGGAUGUGGUUUGUUAUAUUCAAAGAACGCGCGAAAUUCAGUUGAGAUUAGAAAAACAGAUUGAAAGUGAACGUGUUAAGCAUAGUGAAGCAAUAUUUCGUCUAUCUGAAGAAUUAGAUAAUCAAGUAAAAUUGGCUGAAGAAUCAGCGCGACUUAAAGAAAGAGAAUCAGCCAUGAUAAAAUUCUCGAAUGAACUCGAAACAAAAUCACUACAAAUAAAACAGCUCAAAUCAAAAGUAAAACACCUUGAAGAGCAAGAAAUCCAUCAAAGAGAAACUCAAAAUCAAACUAUUGUAUUAAAGAACACUGAACUGGAUGAUUCACGAAUAAUUAAAUUACAGACAAAAAUUUUACAAGUAAAUCAAGAAAACUACAAUCUGGAAGAAGAUUUAGACAAUACUCGAUUACAAUUAGCCCAGUCACGAUCAGAGUUUAAUGCAGUCCGACAAAGUCUAAAUGACAAAACUCAAGAGUUGGAACAUCAUAUGUCUGCGCUAAUUGAAACAGUCAAAGAAAACUCAACACUAAAACGUCAAGUGGGAAUAUUGCAAGACAUCAACAAAAAGUUAUACGAUGCAAAUGAUAGCCUUUACAACAUGUUUGAAAGUUAUCCUGAAUGUCUUCGUAAACAGUGGAAAGUGGAAGACAUUCAACCAGCUUCUACAACAGUUGAUCAUAAGUUUAGACGAACUUCUAAAGAAUUUAAACCGAUUAAAUCAGUUGUCAAAGCUUUUCAUGUACAUGAAUCCGAAGAUGAUAUUGCCAAGUGUGUGUCAUGUGCAAGUGAUCAAAUCGACGAUCCAAAAGCACAAUCGUCUGGAAAAAGUUGUUACAAUAAAACAAGAUCUGAACAGUCAGAAUGUAGUACAUUGAAAAGUUAUAGAAGUGGAGAUAGUGGACUAUCUAUCCAAAAAGAUGUCAGAGAGAUAGAAUCUGAUGAAGCAGUUAAAUUACUCAACGAUAAACAAAAAUUAUGGGACAAUUCUAGCAACCAUUUAAAAUACGGUAUUCGAUCCGAAUUACAUGAUAAAUCAUCUUCAGCAACAUCAGUUUACUCAAACAAUGGCAACUAUCAAUAUUCAGCUUCAUAUUCCUCCAGUCAACCAGAUUCACAUGGUAAAAACGGGACAGUAAAAAGGCAAAAUAAAAAAAAUUCAUUCAGUAAAGAAAGUUAUAAUAAUAUAAAAUCUCCAGUAGAUGAAAAAUUAAGAAUUUUUCGAAUAAUGCUGGCUGGUGACUCUGAAGUUGGUAAAACCAGUUUACUUAUACGCAUGUGCGAUAAUGUGUUUACAGCUAGUUCAGUUACAACUAUAGGUAUCGAUAUGAAAAUGAGAUCUGUUGAAGUCGAUGGUAGAAAAGCCAUGAUGCAAAUAUGGGAUACCGCUGGACAAGAAAGAUUUCGUAGCGUAUCAGCAAGCUUUUAUAGAAAAGCAGAUGGUAUUCUAUUGGUCUAUGACUGUACUUCAGAAUUUUCCUUCAUGAGUACUAGAGACUGGAUUACAAUUAUAGAAGAGAACGCGGGUAAACAAAUACCUAUUGCCAUAAUUGGUAAUAAGAAAGACUUAAAAGAGCAAAAGGAGUGGCAAGGGAAUAAAUGUGUUAGCUAUGCAACAGGUGGCAAACUAGCGAGAGAGAUUGGAGCAUUGUUCUUUGAAACAAGUGCACUGACAGGAGAAAAUGUGAAUGAAUGCGUAGAAGCACUAGCUAGGCUGUUAUGUGCUCAAGAGGAUUACAACUUGCGAUGUCCACAGUUGAAGCUGUCAAACGAUAAUCCGCGGCCAACACAUUCAAAAUGCUGUGCACGAUAA